AUGGACUCUUUCUACACUGAAAAGUCUGGGUUUGAUCAACCUAGGCAUGAUAUGGCCUUUUCCAUGUCCCGUUCAAUGCGAAGUAUGACCCAACAGGAGUUGAACGAUCGCUCUUGUAUAAGCCAUGCCACUGAGAUGGAUGGCAAGUCCCGCAACCCGCAACGACGUCGAGUCCCUAUCGCUUGUGGCAGAUGCCGAAAAAGAAAGAUCAAGUGCAGUGGGGAUUCUGGUGAUGGCCAAGGCUGUACCAACUGCCGUUCAGCUGGCAAUACAGACUGCCAAUUCUUACGAGUAAGCCCUGAGCCUGACAAAAAAAGGAAGGAGCAAGCUGACUAG